CCUUCUCAUGCCUACUGCCGCUUUAAUGUCCAUGGUCCCUGAGUUCGUUUCCACGGCAGCCCGCGGCGAUAGAUCAAACUGUUUAACUCGCUCGAAAGGUUUGCGGAGCUAGUACGGAGUUUGGACGGUUUUCUCCUUUUUCUUUCUUCGCAAUACAGUGUAUCGGGAACGAUGUAUGCCGGUCCGACGAUGUGUUAAUUAGCCCGCGAAAAAAUGUCUGCUUAUUUGUAAGAGUGUGUCUGGCACAUAUACGCUACGUUUACGACGCACAGCGAACGAAAGACCGAUUCGAUUUCGUUAAAGAAGAAAAAAACCAGAGGAUGGAAGCGUCGAUUGGAGUGACAAGUCCCGCAGGAUUUUCGCCGGCGGAGCGUGAAGUUGUCUUGGAGGUCCUGGAGGAAUGUGCGGACUCAUUGGCAGUUUACCAAAAUACCUUGCGACAACAAUCGGCGACAAGAGACGACGCCACUAAUAUUUUUUCCAAUGUUGAGAUUUCGGAAACGUCUAUUCUACAGACGCUCACCGGAGGCGCAGCGGGUAUGACGGAUUCACGGAGGGAAGCUGCGCGUGAAAAGCUUCGACGAGACAGUUUAUAUGUUAGCGGUAUAAUACGAGACUUGAAGCGAGAAAUUAACGAACACGGAACCAUCGAGGUAUUAACCAAGGAGAUCGAAAAAAUCACGUCGCAGGAAGAACAGGAGCAGCUUGUAAUAGAAGAAAAUAAAAGGAUGCGGACGAUCGUGGUAGAGUUACGAAAAGCGAUUGCCGAUAAGAAAACAGCGCACGAGAAGGAGGAGGAGCGUUUAACGAAGAAGCUCACUUUAACACGGGACGAGAAGGAGAGGCUGAAACUAAUUAAGGACGCGGAGAUGAAAUAUGUCCGAGUGUGGGAAGCGGCACGUCGGGAGCAGUACGUGCUGCGUUACGAGUUGGAUUUGGACGAAUUGAAAAAGACUUUGAAUGAUCAUUGCGUGCGCGUGAGGAACGAAAAUCACGUGAAUGAUGUAUUGACGCGUUAUCUGACGCGGCGUAUAGCGCUCGUCGAGAAUCGGAUCGAGCAAUGGCGGCAGAGAUACGAUCGGGAGAAGAAAAUGUACGAGGAGGAGAUCCGCAAAGUACGCAAUGAGAUCGAAGAUGCUCGAAAAUACUUGGAGGAACUUACAACGGAGUAUCGCAAUAACCAGGAAUUCAUCGACACGUACCUCGCGGAGCAGGAGGCGCUCCGAAGACAAAAGGAGCACGAGGAUCAUGUACAGCGUAGCACAAUCAAGAUGCAAGCCUGGUGGCGGGGCGUCAUGGUGCGCCGGAAGCUGGGGCCGUAUCGACCUGAGGAGAAAAAGAAGAAGAAGCCCGUUAAAACAAAGAAAUAACUCUCUUCCCCCUUUCGCCCGGUACUCUUAAAUUACUAACGUAAUUGCGUCGAUAUCGUGAUUCGUUCAACCUGAUUGGGCGAACGACUCUAUUAAUCUGUCAGUGAUCUAACCGAGGUCACGGCUGUUUAUAAUUGAUCUACUAUCGUGCCCUAGUAAUUUGAAUCUCGAAACGCGCACCGGGCGAACAUCGAGUGAAGCGCGUCAAAAUUAUUUUGAUUCGUUCACCCAAUUCAGAUUUGAGAGAAAUCAAAGAGGCAGAGUUUGCGCGGUGAU